AUGUCUUCAGAAUCGCGCCUUUACACGUUCAGCACCGAAACGAAGGCACAUCUACGUAAAUUUAGACUCGGGACUUCGCGCGCAAGUGAUCCUCAAGCUGUUAUAUAUCUGAUUGAUAAAAGCAAUCUCGAAAUAAAACAAGACGAAGAUGGAGUUGUAUAUAAAGAUCUCGAAUCCAUAGGCGACGACCUGCCAGAUCAUUCACCUCGCUUUAUCCUCCUAAGCUAUCCUUGCACACUGCCCUCUGGCCGUCUCUCCGUCCCAUAUGUCCUAAUCUUUUAUCUCCCACCUACAGUCAAUGCCGAACAGCGAAUGUUGUAUGCUGGGGCUAAGGAGCUGAUGAGGAAUACUGCGGAAGUUUCGAAAGUGUUGGAAAUUGAGAGUGUGGAAGACUUAGAAGAGAUACCUGGUAAAUUAAAGGGCGAUGAGAGAUAA